GAAUGGUUUGUCAUCACUUGGGCUCAGAAUGGAGUCGUCGAACAUUAAAUUAUUUUUUCUAUUGUGUUUCUUAAUGAAAAUAAAUGUAAAAGCUGAGAUCAGUGGUCGACUUCUAGAAGAGAAUCAAGAUAUAGCCGAUACGGAUAUGGAACUAAAUGGUGCAGGAGCAGUUAAAGAAUUUCCAGCUGUACCACAAAACUCAGUACAAUUACAUGCCAGAUUUAAAUGCUAUGCUUGCGAGGCACCUUGCCUAAAUCCCUAUGAGCAUGCCCACACCUGUCAGAAUGCCAUUCAGUGCUGGAAAUCAACAACACGCGAUGCUGAGGGACAGGUGACUGUUUCGCGUGGUUGUUCCACCUCACCGGAUCACUUGCCGCUGAUUUGUAGCCAAAGUUCUCGAAGUAAACACAACUCAGCAUCGCCAGCAAAACGGAAUACGGCGAAUUUCGUAAAUGUCGAAUGCUGUACGGGAGAUUUUUGCAAUAGCGGUGAAUUUCCGGAAUUGCCACCAUUCAUGGGUAACGAUGUGACCGUCAUAACUGCUGAUAGCAGUAAUAUGAGUAAAAUGGCCUUGGCCAUAUUGGGUCCAUUCUUGGUCAUUACGUUAAUGGGAGCUGUGGCCAUAUUCUUUAUGCGUCGCAGUCAUCGCAAACGUUUGGCCGCUUCCCGCAUUAAACAAGAUCCGGAAUCCUAUUUGGUUAACGAUGAGCUGCUCCGAGCCACCAGUGCUGGGGAUAGCACACUGAGGGAAUAUUUACAGCAUUCCGUCACCUCGGGAUCAGGCAGUGGCCUGCCAUUGCUGGUGCAACGCACUUUGGCCAAACAGGUGACCCUUCUCGAGUGCAUUGGUCGUGGCAAAUAUGGUGAAGUGUGGCGUGGUCAUUGGCAUGGCGAAAGCAUAGCCGUUAAGAUCUUUUUCAGCCGUGACGAAGAGUCCUGGAAGCGUGAGACGGAGAUUUAUAGCACUGUUCUGUUGCGGCAUGAGAAUAUUUUGGGUUUCAUUGGCUCCGAUAUGACAUCAAGGAAUUCCUGCACUCAGCUCUGGCUAAUGACUCACUACUAUCCAUUGGGCUCACUUUUUGAUCAUCUAAAUCGCAAUCCCCUAAGCCACAACGAUAUGAUCUGUAUUUGUUUAUCUAUAGCCAAUGGCUUGGUACAUCUGCAUACCGAAAUCUUUGGCACUGAAGGCAAACCGGCAAUGGCCCAUCGUGAUCUGAAAUCAAAGAAUAUAUUGGUAACCUCUAAUGGUACAUGUGUCAUUGCCGAUUUUGGUCUAGCUGUAACCCAUUCCCAUGUCACUGGACAAUUGGAUAUGGGUAAUAAUCCCAAAGUGGGCACAAAACGCUACAUGGCCCCCGAAGUGCUCGAUGAGAGCAUUGAUUUGGAAUGCUUUGAGGCCUUGCGCCGCACAGAUAUCUAUGCGUUUGGUUUGGUCCUCUGGGAGGUGUGCCGCCGCACCAUUUCUUGCGGCAUUGCCGAGGAGUAUAAAGUUCCCUUCUAUGAUGUGGUGCCGAUGGAUCCAAGUUUUGAGGAUAUGCGUAAAGUUGUUUGCAUAGACAACUAUAGACCCUCAAUACCCAAUCGCUGGAGUUCCGAUUCGCUCCUGGCUGGCAUGUCCAAGUUAAUGAAGGAAUGCUGGCAUCAGAAUCCCAAUGUUCGUUUGCCCGCCUUGCGCAUUAAAAAGACUAUACACAAAUUAGCUGCCACGGAUGAGAAAAUACGUUUAGAUUUCGAUGAGGUCUGCGUUUAGAGAGUUAGAUUUAGUGGCAUUAGCUAACUAAUUAGUUAGGAUUGUAAUUUAAGUCUUAAUUUUUAGUGCAUAUGUAUAAAGUGAAGAACAACUAAGUCUAGAUGACAUUAGGCUAUCACCACCAGGAUUUAUGUUUCAUAAGUUUCAUCCCACACACACAUAAUUCUAUAAUUUUAUUAAGAAUUGGGGCAUAGUUCGGUCAUGCCCUCAAAUGUUUCAUAUGCAAACAAAAAAAAACUUUGUUAAAAUCAGAAAAUUAACUCUUUAAUUAUUUUUGGUAAACUUUAGUUUUGUUUUGGGUGAUUUAAUCUUGACUUUUGUGCCUUUAAAAUUGCCUUAUGUGUAAAAUCGAAAACAACUUGACUUUUUUUUAUAUUAUAAGGAUUUAUAUAGUUUAAGUUUACACACAUUCUCCCUCAUUUUAUCCAUAAAAAGUGCCAUUUGCAUUUUGCGAAUUGAAGAAUCACUCUUUGACAUCCUCACUUAUUGGAUCACUAUAAGCUAUGACUAGAAUUACUAUAUAUAUAAGACGUCGAUCGAUCACAUCUCCUACAUAAUUUACUCUUGUACAAAACAAAACAAAAAAAAACCCCAGAAAUAUACACACAAAUUAA